CAUUAUACAGUAUUUAAAUUAUUCAGUAUAAAACCUAAGCCAAAAUGUCACUAGUGUCAAAGCGUUCCAAGUCUGCUGAGAGUGACCGCUCUAGCAGUGAAGAUAAGAGCAGUUCGGAUUCUAAAGUUUGUUCACCACAACAGAAGCCUACCAAGCCUGAAGCAAAGGAAGAUAUUAGCUCGAAGAUCAAUGUUAAAAAUCCAAAUAAAAUCAGUGAAGAUGAGAAAAUCUCGACUGAAGCUUCAGCAACAGAAUUCAGAAGACCAACGAGAAGAAUGAGAGCCAAAAGAAUUGAGAAUUUUGAAAUGAACCCAAAGAUGGAGAAAUAUCUCUCCAGGUUCUAUAAUGCAUCUGAUCUGAUCUCCUCUCCAGACUCUGAUGACCAAUAUGCGUCGGAUGGAGAUUUCGAUGUCGGGGAAGUUAAGGCUGAGUCUGAUUCUGGGAGUGACAGAAUCAGUUUCCCAAGAUCUUCCCAGAUCUCCGAUAGGAGCCUCACCACUAUCACUCACAACAGUGAAGACAGUGUCCCAGUAAUGAUUGAAGGAAGAAAGUCGAUUAUCUCACCUCCUACUCAUGUCUCUAAGCAAAAGAUCUAA